AAAGAAAGACCGGAGUCGGGAGCGAGGCGGGGAGGACGACGAGGGCGAGGUCCCGGCCGGCCAGAGGAGGCUCGCGAAGCCGCAUCCCGCCGCCCGACCGCAGGUUGUCAAGACCGAUCCAGGAGCCAGCGUUAAUCUCAGGAACCGAUCUGCCCGCUACCAGCCAUGUGACCCUGGAUAUGGAAGAAAGAAGCAGCACUGCCGUGUUGGUGCCAGAGACUGGAGAGCAGGAGGCUGUGGUAACUGCUGCAGGAGUCCUCAGCCCUGCCUCACAGGGUGACGAACAAAGAAAAGCCAACGCGGAUCCUUUGGUCCAUGUCAUCCAGAAGCUAAGCAAGAUAGUGGGGCAUGAAAAGUCACAAAAAUGUCUUCUGAUUGGGAAAAAGCGCCCGUGCCCAAGUGUGACGCCACCCUCUCUUGAAACCCCAGAGCACUGUGAGAUUCCAACUAAGACAGCCGAGUCCCCUGCCGCUGAGAUGUCACAAGCAAGUCCCACUCCAGACUCCGUUGCCUCGAAUGAUGGGAAGGCUAUGUUCUACCAGUGUAGCCUGUGUAAGUUCCUGUCGUCAUCCUUCUCUGUGUUGAAAGAGCACAUCAGGCAGCAUGGGCAGCAGGGUGACGUGAUGCUCAUGUGCUCGGAGUGCCACGUCACCUCCAGAAGCCAGCAGGAGCUCGAGGCUCACGUGGUGAGCGAGCACGAAAACGGCGCCAGCGGCCGCAGUCAGCCCGCCUUCUCCUGCCAGGGAGCCCCAGACAGAAAGAGCCAGGCCGGGGUCGAUGUCCCAGUGAGCAUGGGCACUUCACAGGCCCGGGCUGUCCAAAGCGCAGCCGGGGCGGAGCUGGGCAGGAGGAAGUGGUAUGCCUACGAGCAGUACGGCAUGUACCGCUGCCUGUUCUGUAGUUACACCUGCGGCCAGCAGCGGAUGUUGAAGACGCACGCUUGGAAGCAUGCGGGUGACGCUAACUGCUCCUAUCCAGUCUUUGAGAAUGAGAGUGAGCCCUUGGGCCUCCUGGCUUCUUCAGUGUCGGCCGCACCCGGUGGGGUCGACGCCGUUGUCAUUGCUAUAGGGGACAGCGAGCUGAGCAUCCACAAUGGGCCGUCUGUCCAAGUACAGAUCUGCAGCCCUGAGCCACUGUCCUCCCCAUCUCCCUUAGAGGAGAGCACCGUGGAGGGAGUCCACCUAAGCCAGUCAGUCACCCUGGACUCUAACGAGGAAGAAAUGCUGGAGGUGAUGUCUGAUUCUGAGGAGACUCUGUUUGCUGAUAGUUUGCUCUCGUCGGCACAGAAAAUCAUUAGCAGCAGCCCAAACAGAAAAGGUCACGUGAACGUCAUUGUGGAGCGUUUGCCGAGUGCGGAAGAAACCCUCCCGCCAAAACAUUUCCUCAUGGAUGCUGAGAUGGAAGAGGGGAAGAGCCUGAGGCCUGCCGAUGCGCAGACCGGCCGUGGAGGAGCAGGAGAUACGUGCCACGCCGAUAAAUGUACUGUUGAUAUUGGGGGGCUGCUCAUCGGCUGGAGCAGCGCAGACAAGAAAGACAGCGAGCCAAGUAAGGGCCUGGCUGCUGAUGAGAACGCCCCACCAGGACGGAGAAGGACAAACUCGGAGUCUCUCAGGCUGCACUCCUUAGCUGCAGAAGCCCUUGUCACCAUGCCCAUAAGAGCUGCUGAACUAACGAGAGCAGGCCUUAGCCACUAUGGGGACAGAAACCUUUUAGAUCCAGACACUGGACAAAGGCAGGUCAGUGGUCCCUUGGCAGCAUACUCAAAAAAACUCGUGUCUCCUCUUAAGAACUCUUCAGAUGGAGUGGCGAGCUUUAACCAGAGCAGUUCCGCUGUGGUAGCCCUCCCCGAGGGGAGGCAGGAAUUGUCAGAUGGGCGAGUUAAGACCGGCAUCAGCAUGUCCCUUCUUACAGUAAUAGAGAAACUGAGGGAAAGGACAGACCAGAACGCGUCAGAUGACGACAUUUUGAAAGAGUUGCAGGACAACGCCCAGUGUCAGCCCAACAGCGAUGGCGGUUUGUUAGGGUCCAGCGUGGUGGAGUACAUCCCAGAUGCCGAGCGGCCCUACCGCUGCCGCCUGUGCCACUACUCGAGCGGCAACAGGGGCUACAUCAAGCAGCACCUGCGUGUGCAUCGGCAGAGGCAGCCUUACCAGUGCCCCAUCUGCGAGCACAUAGCGGACAACAGCAAAGACCUGCAGGGCCACAUGAUCAACCACUGCAAAGCCAGGGUUCACCAGUGUAAGCAGUGCAAAGAGUCUUUCCAUUACAAGAGCCAACUGAGGAAUCAUGAGAGAGAUCAGCACUGUCUGCCCAACACCUUGUCAGUAGCUUCAGACGAGCCAAGACUUUGCCGUGAUGCAGCUGAGGGAAACUGUGCUCAGGAAGGGAACAAGUCUUCAAUCCAGAAGCAGUAUAGGUGCGAUGUGUGUGAUUACACAAGUACAACAUAUGUUGGUGUCAGAAACCACAGGCGAAUCCAUAACUCAGAUAAGCCAUACAGGUGCUCCUUGUGUGGGUACGUAUGCAGCCACCCCCCCUCCUUGAAGUCACACAUGUGGAAGCAUGCGAGCGACCAGAACUACAACUACGAGCAAGUUAACAAGGCCAUCAACGACGCAAUCUCUCAAAGCAGCAGAGGUCUGGGGAAAUCCCCUGGGAAACCAGUUUUAACCAGCAGUGGAGAGAGAGCUGACCCUACCACCGGCAGUCCAGAAGACUUGGUGACAUCCUCAGAGCUGACCUCGCAGCUGCCCAGUGAAGUCAUAGAUGCCAGCGAGCUUGAGAAACUCAGCCCCACAGGCAGCAGCUCUGACGGCCCAGGAAGGGGCUGCAGCGUGGCUACACCAGGCCCCGAGUACUGCGUGCUGCUCUUCUGCUGCUGCAUCUGUGGCUUCGAGUCGACCAACAAGGACAGCCUCCUGGAGCACAUGAAGGAGCAUGAGGGGGAGAUCGUCAGCAUCAUCCUGAACAAGGACCACGGCACAGCCCUGAACGCCAACUAGCUGGGAGCGUGUGGGGGGAGCCCUCUAGGCGUGUGUGGGGAGCCCUCCGGGACUAUGGGGGGAGCCCUCCGGGCCUGUGGGGGGAGCCCUCCGGGCCUGUGGGGGGAGCCCUCUGAGCUGCAGGUCAACCUCAGUGCUGUCACUGGCCUCAUUGCACAGGGGGAAGGCAGGUGGUGUGACUGGUAUUUCAGUGUUUGAUUGAGGCUAAAGAGCUGUGACCCUGUGUGAGCCUCUGUCACUCCUUAGUAUCAAGUGCUUACUAUUAAAAGCUUACCAUAGUUCAGAAUCUGCAAGUAGAUGAGUUGAGAAGGCCACACAGAGUCACCCUGGCCAGCUCUCCAGUGGCCCGGGCUGGUAGGGAAGUCAGCAAAUGGGAGAGGGUGGUGUCCACUGUCUCCAGUGGGCAGCGGGCUGUGGGGUAGCUUCAAAUAUGGCUUCCCUUGUAGAUAAGAAUUUAUCACAGACUCAGUGUAGGGUAUGGUUUUUUUACUCCCUAAAAAAGAUGGAAGAGGGAUCCCAGAGCACAUUUGGGAAGUAAAUUAUUGUUUCGAAUUCACAGUGACUCCCCACAAGACUCAACCAAAUCUCAGGUUCCCAGAAGUGGUGACUUCACAGAGGUUCUAUACAGUGUGAACACACCGAGCCCAUAUCUCCACCAGCAGCAGCAGACCUGACAGCCUCCUCCAGCAACAGAGGAUGGAGACGGUGCUGCAUCACCAGGACGUAGACAUAGCUUGAGCGCCAAGAUAAAGAUCUUUGGGGAGGUUGGGAGUGGUGGCACAGACCGAAAUCCAUACCUGGGGUUCUGAUCAGGAGAUUGCAGGUUUGAGACCAGCCUGGACCAGCAGGGCUGGGCCUCCUGGGGUUAAAAAAAAAAAAGAGAGACCAGUUGGAGAGUAAGAGCUGAAAGUCAGCUGCUGAGCUUUCCCCCCUUAGAGUUUAUUGCUGCCGUUACAUUUAACAGAGCAAGGCAGUACGGCUAAAGUACAGUAGAACUUGAGACUAGUUUAAUAAGUCAGGUGAUUUCUGAGUUUGAGGCUAACCUGGUCUACGUAGCAAGUUCCAGGUGAGAUCCUGUCUCAAAAAACUGAACUAAAUAUAAUUUCAAAAAGGACUGGAGAGAUGGCUCAGCAGGUAAGAGCACUGGCUGCUCUUGUACAGGAUCCAGGUUUGGACCACAUGGCGACUCAACCUUCUGUAAUUGUAGUUCUGGGGGAGCUGCUACCCUCUGGCCCUCCUCAGGUACCAGAUAUGUGUGUGGUACACAGUCAUACAUUCAGGCAAAACGCUAGUCAACUAAAGCCUCUGAGAAGCAGAACGGAGACUUGAGGGUGUGGCUCAGCAGUUAGGCGCUUCUCUGGUGAGCAUCUAGCGACGAGAAAACAAGCAAAAGCAAACUUGUCAGAAACACCAUUUGUUAGCAUGCAAGACACAGUGAAAACUCACAGUACACUGCUAAAGUUUACGUCGUGCAGAUAGGACCUCACUAGUCACGUGUUGUGAGGGCAGGGCGGACAGGGUGCUGACAUUUCUGUAGUUCUGACCACUCUCACACUGCUCCAUUAAAGCAGAUUCUGCCUUGCUGUCACACACCCAGAGCCGACGGGCAGCUCUUGGAAGGAAAGGGUCCAUGGGUGCUGACAAGAUUUACAACUUUUGUUCCCAGGGUUCAAGUGUCCAAGAAAUGAGUUCUUAGCUGUCAGUUGGCACUGGGGGCUGCUGCGUGGGGCAGGUAUGUGGAAACAGUUUCUGAUUUGUUUUAUCUUUUCCCCCCACCAGUCUUUUUUUUCCUUUUGGUUUUUCGAGACAGAGUUUCUCUGUAUUGCUUUGGAGGCUGUCCUGGAACUCGCUCUGUAGACCAGGCUGGCCUUGAACUCACAGAGAUCCACCUGCCUCUGCCUCCCGAGUGCUGGGAUUACAGCUGUGCGCCACCAACACCUGUCUCCCCCAGUCAGUUUAAUGACACUGUUUAGAGAAAAUUGGCUAAAACUUUGCCACUCUUUGAUUUGAUUUUAGGUAGCUUUUUUUUUUUCUUUUUCUUUUUCUAUGUAGCCUUGGCUGACUUGGAACUCACUUUGAAGACCAGGUUGGUCUUGAGCUCAGAGAUCCAUUUGCCUCAGCUUCCUGAGUGCUGGGAUUAAAGACAACUGCCAUCAUGUUUGGCCAAGGUAGGCUUAAUUUAUUUAUGAAAGUUGAUUCAUUUCUGAUACAUGGAUUUUAAUAAGAAAAUUAAUUUCUUGAUCUAAUUAGAUUGCCCUAAUUUCACUCUGUGGAUUUAAAUAGGUUUUUCUCAUAUUUUUACAAUUAAAAUAUUUAUAUUUAAUGCCAACUGCAAGUAAUUUCCGUGUUUAUCACCCAUUGCUGUUGCACACACUAGAUCUGUUUUCCAUUGUGCUGUUAGUCUAACACUAUUAGCCUUCCAUGAGUUUCCUGUGGCUUUAAUUUUCUAGAAUUGUUUAAAAAAUAGUAAUCACCCACAACAUCCCACCAUUCCAGCAGUGUGACUCUUGAGAUGAUGCUUCCCAGAUUACAUGAUUUCGAUCAUCAGUUUAAAAUCUCCCCCACCCCAUGGGGGAAAUUAACCCAGAAGUUCAAAGCCUCCACACUGUUGUGUGUUCCUGUGAGCUCUCUGGAUGGGUACACCGCACACCUGCUAACAUUUUGCAGUAAGCCUUAACCAGUCUCUACCAAGGAGCAGUUUCGCAGUAACAGAAAUUGUGUGUGUGCGGUUUUCAUCGUUGGAGACGUAGUCAGGGUCACCAGCCACAGGAGUGUGCUGGCCACUGGUGUAGGCAUUGGCAUGGGAACCCUGUGUCUGUCUGCUGCCCUGGCCACCUGCAGUUCUGAGACUGGAUGGGGAAUACUGUUUUAAAGACACUCACUGGGCUCAGUAAACACGAGACGGAGAGGUGAUGAUGGCUGUGAUCCUUAUUAUUACUAUCUUAGGGCUUUAUCGUCUUACCCUUGCUGUGACCAUAGGAGUGCUCCCCCCGGCCUGUCAGCCACAUGCUUCUUCAAUUUAUCUGUGAUAGACCACGUCGAGCAGCGGUACCACCUGAAGCUUUAGACCUGGACCUUUCAGUCCUGCUUGAGGUAACCACUGGUGGCUCCGUAACUGCUCUGGUUUUGUCCUCACAAAACAAACGUGAGCGUCAUGUUUACAUCACACCUCCCCAGCGUCCUUGGCUUGACAGAAGACGCGCAGGCACCUCUGUUUCUCAGUUUCAUAAACACUUAUUUAAUCCUUUGUUUUUUAAUUGUACGGCAAGGUGCUCAAAGUAAUAGUCUAUAAAUAUAUUUAAUAGUAACUUGAGUUUGACAUUCAUGGGCAUAAAGAUGUGUAUUUUUUUAAAGAAAUAAGUAUUGUGUAACAUGGCUUUGCUUCUGUAGCCAAAGUAGAGAAACUUCUGGAAUACCAUGUAACAAAAAAAGCGACAGUUGAUUCUGACACUGUGUCACUAAAACUGGACAAUUGGCAUUUGGUCAUGUUAUGUUGCACAUUGAGCUGCAAGCCUUAAAAGCCAAAACUCUAGAGUUGUGUUUGUGGUAGAGCAGGCCACCUGUACAGAAGAGUCGGCAAGCCACCAGGCACCUCUUUACCUUCAGAAGUACUGUGCAAAAUUAGAAUAAUUUAUUUUGCUUUACAGGAGUUUGUCAUGUAUUGACUUAAAUAUUGUAUUUUGGUAAUAAAUUUUUUGUUACAAA